AUGACCACCCAACCCAACAAGUACACUUCCAAGCUCGCCUCCAAACGCAUCCUAAUCAUAGGAGGCUCCUCGGGCCUAGGCUACGCAGCAGCAGAAGCAUCCCUAGAACACGCCGCCACCGUAAUUCUGGCCUCGUCGAAUCCCUCCAAACUCGCCGCCGCCGAAGCCCGCCUCCGUACAACCUACCCCUCCACCCGAGCAAACCAACUCAAAACCCACACAAUCAACCUCGCAGACCUCGAAAACCUGCACAUGAACUUGACCGCCCUCCUCGACGAAGCAACAUCCGACGGUACCCUCAAAAUAAACCACAUCCUCUACACCGCAGACGCAGCAUCCCCGCUCCCAUCCCUGAGUGACACAAAACCAUCACACAUCACCGCGUCCCUCUCCAUGAGAGCUUACGCGCCCACGAUCCUCGCUGAUACCUCCUUAACCCUCACAAACGGCUCCAGCUCCCACCGACCCAUGCCAGGCUGGGCUGUCGCCGACUGCGCCGCCGGCGCAAUGGAAGGCCUUGUCAGGGGUUUGUCGUUUAACCUCGCCCCCGUGCGCGUGAACCUCGUCUCCUCGGGCCCCGUGACAACGGAGCUGUUCAUGACGCUACCUGAGGCGGCUAUCGAGGGAUUCCGGAGUAAGACGCUGACGGGAAGGCUUGGACGGCCCGAGGACGUGGCGGAAGCGUACCUGUAUUUGAUGAAGGAUGGGAAUAUUACUGGCGCGACCAUCUUUACUGAAGGUGGAAGAAUCUUGUCGUCGUAGGUUGAAGGGGGGGUCUAGUACGGCCCAUCUCAUCAGUGUCACUCAUUUCUCAAGAACCAUCUUGAACACACGAUAGAACUCUUCUUCGGCUGUCGGCUCAUCUGCAGAGGUGUAAUUUGUAUAUUUUCCCCUCCUUUCACAACUCCAAGCUGGGAGUAACCGCUCUAAUCCAAUACUCAAGACGAUGUUGUUUACGCUCAAGCCAUUUUAGCUUCCAUGUUGUAGGGUAUGCAGUCACCUCACUAGUGAGAAACGUCCGGGCGUCAUCCCCAUAGACGAUUUGUAUCUA